CGCCCCGUGUUUCCGGUCAUACCGGACGUGACGACAUGGCUAUAAAUUACUUGAAGGAACUCCAAAAAAAUGCAUUGGUUGUAUGAAAUAAAGCCUGUAGGCUGUGAUGACUCUACAAGCUGAAGACAAGGAGUAAAUGAAUGUAAAGGGUGCCUCACUUCCAAAGGUCUGUCAUUAAAAUGCCACUGAGCACCAGCGCCAGCGUUCCAUUGGGAUGAAGAGUGAGCUGGGGUCAAAUCUGGCUUUACAGUGCGAGAAAGGGGAAGCUGACCGCAAGUUUCAUUGGAAGCUUUGACUUCGGACGUGACUGCUUUAAGGCUGCCAAGUCAUGGCUCUGAAGACGGCAGUGAGCUCUGCGACUGUGGGGGUGGAAGGCAUGACCUGCGGCUCCUGUGUGCAGAGCAUUGAGCAGCAAGUCGCUGGGCUCCCCGGCAUCUAUGGCGUUCAGGUGUCCUUGGAGCUGAAGCAGGCUAUGGUGACAUUCGAUCCAAGCCUCCAGAGCCCUGAGUCCUUAGCAGAAACCAUUGAAGACAUGGGCUUCGAGUCCAGCCUGCCCGAGUUCCCUGCCGCUGUACCUGUACCCACAGAAACUAGAGUUGUAUCAUUGACGGGCCUUUCCCCUGAAUCCCAGUCCCGGGCCCUGAGCUCCCUGUCCCAGCUGACGGGGGUUGUGCAGGCCUCGGUGGUCCCCAGCAAGGACAGUCUGUCCCUCACUUUCAUUCCGUCCAUGACCAGUGCCAAGCGGCUCGAUGAAGCGCUGGGGGGUCUAGCUUUGGAAGCGAAGGCCGAGCCCCCCGAGGAGCCGCGGGCCAGUCAGAAUGGCGAGGUGCAGGUGAAGAUGCGUAUCGACGGGAUGGCCUACCUCUCCUGCACCGCCACCAUCGAAGGGAAAAUCGGGAAGCUGAAUGGUGUUCGGAAGGUCAAAGUUGUUUGGGACUCUCAAGAAGCCACUGUGGUGUAUGUGCCUCAGAUCGUCACUCUUGAUGAGAUCGUCAGCCAGAUCAGCGCGGAAGGCUUCCAGGCUCAUGUGAAAUCCAAGCCCAGUCCUAUACAGCUGUCCAGCAGCAAGGUCGGGCACCUGCAGGCCUCCCCCAGACCGACUGGCCUGCCGCCCUCCGAGGGUACUGCUGCCACCGUGCUGCUGAGGGUGACUGGCAUGCACUGUCGCUCCUGCGAGACCAACAUCCAGGACAACACGUCUUCUCUGCCGGGGGUGCUCUCUGUGGAGGUCUCUCUGGAGCGGGAGAAUGCCACUGUGUGGUAUAAUCCUAGGCUUAUCUCGGUCACACAGAUACGCCAGGCCAUCGAAGCACUCCCACCCGGGAAUUUCCGGGUCUGUAUGGAUGGUGAACCCCCCCAAGUGUCCUGGGGCCCUUCCGCCCCAUUGCCGCUGGCCCCAGAACCCGGAGUUUUGCUGCCCCAGGGGUCAGUCGUAGUUAUCGGCAUCGAAGGCAUGACCUGUGGCUCCUGUGUGCAGUCUAUCGAGGGCAUGAUGUCUCAGCACAAGGGGGUAAAGUCUGUCCAGGUCUCUCUCGCCAGCCAUAAGGGCACUUUUGACUAUGACCCUCUUGUCACCACACCAGAAGAGCUCCGUCUGGCCAUCGAAGACAUGGGCUUUGAUGCUUUCUUACCAGAAACAAAUUCCUUGGUCACGGAGUUGCCUUUGCCCCCAGAAAACACCCCCAAGAGGAAGGACGAGGGUAACGAAGAUACUGGGGCUGUUCAGGGAGAGCAAGGAGGGGCGAAAACACUGUCAAAGUGCUAUAUACACAUUGGGGGAAUGACCUGUGCUUCCUGUGUGGCAAACAUCGAGAGGAACCUCAAGAAUGAGGAUGGAGUUUACUCUGUGCUCGUGGCGCUAAUGGCCAGCAAGGCAGAAGUGCGUUACAACCCUAGGAUCAUUGACGCUGCCAGCAUUGCGGAGUGCGUCCGAGAGCUGGGCUUCACCGCGUCUGUCAUGGAGAAUUACGAUGGCUCUGAUGGCAGCCUGGAACUGGUGGUGAGGGGGAUGACAUGCGCCUCCUGUGUGCAUAAAAUCGAGUCGAACCUGAUGAAAAACGAAGGUGUCGUCUAUGCAUCUGUGGCGUUAGCUACCAACAAAGCCCACAUCAAAUAUGACCCGGAAGUAACUGGACCACGUGAUUUGAUCAAACUGAUUGAGAAUCUAGGCUUUGAGGCGUCUCUCGUGAAAAGAGACCGUUCCGCCAGUCACCUGGACCACAGCAAGGAGAUACGGCAGUGGAGGAAGUCCUUCAUCAUCAGCCUCUUUUUCUGCGUUCCUGUGAUGGGCAUGAUGAUGUACAUGAUUAUCGUGGACCACCAGAUAAACACGCAGCACCACCAUAACGCCAGUAAGGCAGACAUCGAGCAGUAUCACUCCAACAUGAUCCUUGAGCGGCAGCUUCUUCCCGGUCUGUCCAUCAUGAAUCUCAUCUCUUUCCUCUUCUGUGUCCCAGUACAGUUCAUCGGCGGUCGCUACUUCUACAUCCAAGCAUACAAAGCUCUGAAGCACAGGACGGCCAACAUGGAUGUUCUCAUCGUCCUGGCAACUUCCAUAGCCUUCACCUAUUCUCUGGUGAUCCUGCUGGUGGCCAUGAUCGAGAAGGCGAAGACCAACCCCACCACUUUCUUUGAUACUCCUCCCAUGCUUUUCGUGUUCAUCUCGCUGGGAAGGUGGCUCGAGCAAAUAGCAAAGAGCAAAACUUCUGAAGCUCUGUCUAAGCUGAUGUCGCUGCAGGCUACGGAGGCCACCAUUGUCACUCUUAACAGUGACAUGUCUGUCCUGAGUGAGGAGCAGGUGGACGUGGAGCUGGUUCAGAGGGGAGAUGUGGUCAAGGUUGUACCAGGUGGGAAGUUCCCCGUUGACGGACGAGUCCUUGAAGGUCACUCUAUGGCAGAUGAGUCUCUCAUAACAGGAGAGGCCAUGCCCGUGACGAAAAAGCCCGGCAGCUCGGUGAUCGCCGGCUCCAUAAACCAGAACGGGUCCCUGUUCAUCAGAGCCACGCAUGUGGGGGCGGACACCACCCUGUCCCAGAUCGUCAAGCUGGUGGAGGAGGCCCAAACAUCCAAGGCUCCCAUCCAGCAGUUCGCAGACAAGAUCAGUGGCUACUUCGUUCCCUUCAUUGUCGGCGUCUCCUUCCUCACCCUGCUUGCCUGGAUUAUCAUUGGAUUUUUAGACUUUUCUCUGGUUGAGAAAUAUUUCCCAGGGUAUAACCAGAGCAUCUCCCAGGCUGAGGUGGCCAUCAGGUUCGCCUUCCAGGCCUCCAUCACUGUCCUGUGCAUCGCCUGCCCCUGCUCCCUUGGCUUGGCCACGCCCACCGCGGUCAUGGUCGGCACCGGUGUGGGAGCCCAGAACGGCAUCCUCAUCAAGGGCGGCGAGCCCCUGGAGAUGGCUCACAAAAUCCAGACGGUGGUGUUCGAUAAGACCGGGACUAUCACCUACGGCACCCCCAAAGUGGUCCAGGUGAAGAUGUUGGCGGAGGGGAACAGCAUGCCCCGCUCCCGUCUGCUGGCCAUCGUGGGCACGGCGGAGAACAACAGCGAGCACCCGCUGGGGGCGGCCAUCGCCCGCUUCUGCAAGCAGGAGCUGGGAUCCGAGUCGCUGGGCGCGUGCACCGACUUCCAGGCCGUGCCAGGCUGUGGGAUCCGCUGCCAGGUCAGCAACAUGCCGCCGCCGCUGGGCCAUGAGGACGGAGAUGACAGGAACCAGCGCAACGCGCUGCUGGUGCAGCUGGGAGACAGCGGGGGCAGCCUCAGCUCGCACCCUCUAAUCAUGGAGCCCGAGCCGCUAAGCCUGGUGCAGACAGCCAGCCACUCGGUCCUCAUCGGGAACAGGGAGUGGAUGAAGAGGAACGGGCUGCAGGUGACUGGUGAUGUGGACGAGGCCAUGGUGGCCCACGAGUGCAGGGGCCGCACGGCCGUCCUGGUCGCCGUCGAUGGGGUCAUCUGCUCCAUGCUGGCCAUCGCAGACACGGUGAAGCCGGAGGCUGAGCUGGCCGUCCACACGCUGAUCUCCAUGGGCCUGGAGGUGGUGCUCAUGACUGGGGACAACAGCAAGACCGCACGCGCCAUCGCGGCCCAGGUGGGCAUCCGGAAGGUGUUCGCUGAGGUCUUGCCCUCGCACAAGGUGGCCAAGGUGGAGCAGCUGCAGCAAGCGGGCAGGCGUGUGGCCAUGGUCGGGGACGGCAUCAACGACUCACCGGCGCUGGCCAUGGCCAACGUGGGCAUUGCCAUUGGCACGGGCACGGACGUGGCGAUCGAGGCCGCCGACGUCGUGUUGAUCAGGAAUGAUCUUUUGGAUGUGGUCGGCAGCAUUGACUUGUCAAAGAAGACAGUCAAGAGGAUUCGAAUUAACUUUGUUUUUGCCCUGAUUUAUAAUCUUGUUGGGAUUCCCAUCGCUGCAGGUGUUUUCCUGCCCGUUGGCCUUGUGCUCCAGCCCUGGAUGGCCUCCGCCGCCAUGGCAGCCUCCUCCGUCUCCGUCGUGCUCUCGUCCCUCCUGCUGAAGUGUUACUCCAAACCCAGUGCUGAGAAGCUGGAGUCCCAUCUCCAGGCCCCGGUGCGACAGAGCAGCCUAUCAGACGUCAGCGUGCACAUUGGCAUGGGGGAUCGGUGUCGGCCCUCGCCCCGGCUCAGCCUGCUGGACCGCAUCAUGCACUACAGCCGGGCCUCCCUCAGCUCGCUGCGGUCCGACAAGCGCUCACUAAACAGUAUGGCGAUGGCGGAGCCCGACAAGCACUCGCUGUUGGUGGGGGAGGGCCGCUAUGACGAGGAUGCCGUGUGACCGGUCGCCCCCAGGGCCUUGACCUGAACCACACCCCAUCCCCCAUACGGGUCAGACCACAGUGCCAAGGCACUCUCUAUAGGCCCGUCGAUUCUCCAUUCCGUCAUCUCCACCAUGCAAGCUGCACUCCAAAGGGAGCUAGUCGGGUAUUUGUAAAGGCUUUAUUUAAUCAACAGCUGGUAGCCAGGAUCACUUAAACCACAGUGCUUCAGCUUGGAGGUCGGAGACUCACUGGCCCACAUGGAGGGCAGUGAAGAGCCAGUCUGACACAAGUGCUGUUUUAAGACAAUCGGAGGCUUUUAGAAGAAUCCCCUAGUGUAAAAAGAAUUUUACCCAUGUUGUUGAUAGAGUGAUUUGAUAAAAUAUUUUAUUAAAUGAUUAUCUUUUAGUUGUAACACAAUUGAAAUUUUUUAUAUAAAGAGUAAUAUAAUUUUUUUGUCUUUUAAAGCGAUAUGAUUAUAUGAUUAUGAUAGAAGGACCAGCAAAUUGUUUUCCCAACAUAUAGUCAGCUCCAGAAUUAUUGGCACCCUUCAUGAAAACGAACUAAAAUGAGUAUUUUAAAAGAAUCACACAUGCAAAAUAUUUUUUGGCUAAAAAAAUAGUUUUUAUUUUCAAACAGACUUUUAGAGCAAAAUAUAGUUUUCCUUUAGUAACACAAAUUUUCUGAAAAAUGCAAAUUCCAAAAAUACUGACAGCCUAAGUUUCCGUGUUUGGUGGAGCCUCCCCUGGUGGGAAUGACGGCACUCGCCUCUUUCUCUGUAGGGCUUAACAAGGCUGCAGAUCACCCGUGGAGGGGUCUCUCUGCGGAUCACCCGUGGGGGGGGGGUCUCUCUGCGGAUCACCC